GAGGAAGGAGGUCACGCGCCCAGCACGCAGAUUCAGAUUUAUUGCCAGUUCGUUUUGAUUGUAAUCUUGGCGUAUCUUAACCAGUUCGGUUGUUCCUCCCGCCUUCACGGCUUCGCCAAUGCCCGCCUCUUCUCCGUCUCCCGUGGGCAACGACGACGGGCCGUCGCUGACCGCGUCGGCCAUCGUCGCUCCAGCCGUGUCCGGGUCGCACGUCGUCAAGGUAGACGGCUACUCCCGCACCAAGGGGCUUGGCAACGGCAAACGCAUCAACUCCGAGACUUUCACCAUCGGAGGCCACCGAUGGUGUGUGCACUACUACCCUGACGGCGUUGUCUCAGACGACGCCGAUUGGAUAUCCAUUUUCCUGUUCUCUGACCGAAGUGAUGGUACUGAAGUCAAAGCAGAGUUCAAGAUAAGUUUGCUUGACCAAGAUAGGCAGCCAGUGCCGCAGUACAGUUUCAGCGCCCUGAUACGCACCUUCUCCAGCAAAGAAGCUGCAUGGGGCUUCGGUCAUUUCAUCAAAAGAAAAGACUUGGAUGAAUCCCCUUACCUCAAGGAUGAUGUUUUCAGCAUCAGGUGCGAUGUCACCGUGUUAAAGGAGAUCUUCACCGAGCCAAUCCUGCCGUCUAUGGUGGUGCCGGUGCCACCGUCCGACAUGCACCAGCAUUUUGGACAGCUGCUCUUGGCCGGCGAGGUGGCCGAUGUCACUUUCGAGGUCGGUGCGGAGACAUUCGCUGCACACAGGUGCAUACUCGCAGCUCGGUCGUCGGUCUUCAAGGCGGAGCUGCUUGGUACCAUGAAGGAGAAGACCGCAACUCACAUACGUAUCGACGAUAUGGAACCCAAGGUGUUCAAGGCUUUGCUCCACUUCAUCUACACCGACUCGCUGCCCGUGAUGAACGAGGGCGAUGAGGCAGCGUUUGCUCAGCAUUUGCUGGUAGCGGCAGACAGGUAUGACAUGGAAAGGCUGAAGGUGAUCUGCGAGGGGAAGCUGUGCGAUCACAUCUGCAAGAGCACGGCGGCGACAACGCUGGCACUGGCUGAGCAGCAUGGUUGUGGUGCUCUGAAGAAGGCGUGCUUCAAGUUCCUGAUGUCUCCAGGUAACCUGAAGGCAGUCAUGGCGUCUGAUGGAUACGAGCACCUGAGGAGCAGUUGCCCAGGUGUUAUGGACGAACUGGUGGCCAUGCUUGCUCCUUGACCUCUUUGAGUUUAAACUCACCAGAUCUGGUUAUUUAUCCUGCUAUUUCUAUUUUCAGAAGUGAUGAUAUCCCACUACUGUAAAAAAACAAGGGUACUAGCAUUGAUGCAUCUGUUUGAGCUCAGUUGUCAUUUCUAGACAUCUGAAA